AUGCCAGGGAGCCUCUCCACGGCCCUACGUGUCGUGGGGACCAGCCUCUUUGCCGUGGCGGUGCUGGGGGGAAUCCUGGCUGCCUACGUCACAGGGUACCAGUUCAUCCAUACAGAGAAGCACUACCUCUCCUUUGGGCUCUACGGGGCCAUCCUGGGGCUGCAUCUCUUCAUCCAGAGCCUCUUUGCCUUCCUGGAGCACCGGCGCAUGCGGGGUGAGGGGCAGCUGGUGCGGCCGGGGCGCUCUGUGGCCCUUUGCAUCGCUGCCUUCCAGGAGGAUCCCGACUACCUGACGAAGUGCCUGCGCUCUGUCAAACGCAUCGCCUUCCCCGACCUCAAAGUGGUGAUGGUGGUGGAUGGAAAUGGCCCUGAUGACACCUACAUGCUGGACAUCUUCCAUGACGUGAUGGGCUCCGAGCGCUCAGGCAGCUACAUCUGGAGGAGCAACUUCCACGCACAGGGCGAGGGAGAGACGGAGGCCGGGCUGCGGGAAGGGCUGGCCCAUGUCCAGGCGCUGGUGCGCAGCAACACCUACUCCUGCAUCCUCCAGAAGUGGGGCGGGAAGCGGGAGGUGAUGUACACGGCCUUCCGGGCGCUCGGAGACUCUGUGGACUACAUCCAGGUGUGUGACUCAGACACGGUGCUGGACCCCGCCUGCACUGCCGAAAUGCUCCGCAUCCUGGAGGCCGACCCCCGUGUUGGCGGCGUCGGUGGUGAUGUGCAGAUCCUGAACAAGUACGACUCGUGGCUCUCCUUCCUGAGCAGCGUGCGGUACUGGAUGGCCUUCAACGUGGAGCGUGCGUGCCAGUCGUACUUCGGGUGCGUGCAGUGCAUCAGUGGCCCCCUGGGCAUGUACCGCAAUGCCCUCCUGCAGCAGUUCCUCGAGGACUGGUACCACCAGACCUUCCUGGGCAGCAAGUGCAGUUUCGGGGAUGACCGGCACCUCACCAACCGUGUGCUCAGCCUGGGCUACCAGACCAAGUACACGGCUCGCUCCAAGUGCCUGACGGAGACACCCACGCGGUACCUGCGCUGGCUCAACCAGCAGACCCGCUGGAGCAAGUCCUACUUUCGUGAGUGGCUCUACAAUGCACUGUGGUUCCACAAGCAUCACCUCUGGAUGACCUAUGAGUCGGUGGUCACUGGGUUCUUCCCCUUCUUCCUCAUUGCCACUGUCAUCCAGCUCUUCUACCGCGGUCGCAUCUGGAACAUCCUCCUGUUCCUGCUGACGGUGCAGCUGGUGGGUGUCAUCAAGGCCACCUACGCCUGCUUCCUGCGUGGCAAUGCCGAGAUGAUCUUCAUGUCCCUCUACGCCCUCCUCUACAUGUCCAGCCUGCUGCCCGCCAAGAUCUUCGCCAUCGCCACCAUCAACAAGUCGGGCUGGGGCACCUCAGGGCGCCGCACCAUUGUGGUGAACUUUGUGGGGCUGCUGCCAGUGUCAGUGUGGGUGGCAGUGCUGCUGGGUGGGCUGGCCUACACUGCCUACAGCCAGGACCUCUUCAGCGAGACUGAGGUGGUCUUCCUUAUUUCAGGUGCCAUCCUCUAUGCCUGCUACUGGGUGGCCCUGCUCGCCCUCUACCUGGCCAUCAUCGCCCGCCGCUGUGGCAAGCGGGAGGAGCAGUGUGGGCUGGCCUUCACUGAGGUCUGACUGCAGGGUGCUGCCACAUGCUGGGGGGUUCCUGUGUGCCAGAGCAAUCAUCCCCAGUCCCCUCUUCCCCCAUCCUGGAGCUGGGAUGGUAGAAGUGCCAGGUGCUGGGGUGUCCCUGUGUGCCAGAGCAACCGCCCCAGAUCCCCUCUUCCCCCAUCCCAGAGCCACCAGGUGCUGGGCAGUGCCAGGAUAACUACCCCCAGUCCCCUUUCCCAUCCCAGAGCCAACGGGCAGCGCUGAGCGCUCCUACCCCUUGGCAUUUCUCAGCAAAUCUUGAAAUCUUGAUAAUUUUUUUAUUAAUAUGUUUAUUUUUUCCUUAUCAUUUCUCCAUCCCAAGCUGGCCGUGGAGAAGCCAAGCCAGGGCUGCCUAUCACCCACCUGGGUGCCGCUGGCCACAUCCCUGCUGUGCCCUAUGGAGCAUCCUGGUGCCGAGCGCUGCUGGCUGCGCUCCCCCCACCCCAAUCCAGAAUUUUCCACCUUUUGGUGCUUUUUAUAGGGAUUUCAGUCCCACCUCCACGGUGCUACAGCACUUCCCACCCCCAGGACACACCAUCUCCAUCUGGCAUGGUGCCAGCACUGCUGGAUUGUGCUGCCUUUGCUCCACUGCUGCGUGCAGGCACGUACCCACGGGGAGCCCCUCCAGCCCUUUUUGGGGGGGCCUGGCUGCUCCAGGAGGGCAGCAGGUCCCUUCAGCUUUGCCAAAGAGCCAAUGGGGGAAUCCUGGUGUGGAGAAACUGGGAAAAUGGGGGGAGCUGUGGGUUGUGUGGAGCAUUCCCCUCAAAGGGGCUGUGGUGGUGCUCUGGCAAUUCAUGGCCCCAUCAUUCCCACCCCACUGCCUUCUCAACAGUAGGAAGACACUGGGAUUUAGGCAAGGUGCUUCCCAACCUUUCCCCUCCCAAGGGUAUCAACCUCUGGGUCCUUUUUGUCAGGACUUGGAUGAAAACCCCUUUCUACGAUGGAGGUUUUAGCUGUUUUUUGUUUAACUUAAUACAAGGUUUUUUAGACUUUUGUAGCUCUUUGGUAUUGUCAUGGACGGUUUGUAAAUCUAUUUAUUUUUGAACCUGCCAGGGGGAUUCUUUUCAUAUUU